AACACAAAAGUAAAUAAAUAAAAGUUUAUUGGAUCAAAAAUCAAUUAUCAACUCUGACUCGCUACCCCUCUCGCUCUCUCUCUCUGCUCCGGUGACAGGCACCGGAACAUUUGCCGCUGAGAGCUACCAAUAGUAUUCAAAACUGACCGUUUCACUCCUGUUCUAAAUUCUACUCCCAUUAACGUCACCGUCUCUCCCUUGGAGGCCUCCUUCGCAUUUGACUGUCAUUCUCUGCUAUUCCUCCAAUCAAAAGCACCACUUCUAUUGCAUUAUGCUUGGGUUGCAGAGAUAGCAGUCUUGAGGAGCUGAAGUUCGUGGCAUUCGAUUAAGUUGUUGUUCAGUUUGCCAUGGAAGAGGAGGAUGCUGUGGAGGUUCUACAAAGAUACAGGCGGGACAGGCGAAUACUUCUUGAUUUUAUACUUUCUGGUAGUCUGAUAAAGAAAGUUGCGAUGCCUCCUGGCGCGGUUACGCUAGAUGACGUGGAUCUGGACCAAGUUAGUGUCGAUUAUGUCCUCAAUUGUGCUAAAAAAGGUGGAAUGCUUGAACUAUCUGAAGCUAUUAGAGAUUAUCACGAUCACACCGGGUUACCCCAAGUUAGGAAUACAGGUUAUGCCCGUGAAUUUUAUUUGGUUACAAAUCCUGAAUAUUCAGGUUCACCUCCAAAACGGGCACCACCACCUGUUCCUGCUUUCACACCUCCUCCUGCAUACACAUCAUCUCCUGUUUCCACACCGCCUCCUGCUUUUGUACCAUCACCCAUUGUAUCAAGUGUGACGAGAUCGGGCUCUUUUAACUCCACACAAGUUCAAGAACUAACCGUAGAUGACAUUGAAGAUUUUGAGGAUGAUGAUGAUGCUGAAGAGGUCAAUAGUCUCAGAAUGUCAAGAAGGAACACAAGUGAUGCUGCUGAUCUUGCACUCAAAUUGCCUUCUUUUGUAACAGGAAUCACUGAUGAUGACCUCCGUGAAACUGCAUACGAAAUCCUCUUGGCAGGUGCCGGGGCUAUGGGGGGUCUCAUUGUACCAUCAAAGGAGAAAAAGAAAGAUAAAAGGUCCAAGUUGAUGAGGAAGCUUGGACGUAGUAGAAGUGAAAAUGUUGUGGCACAGUCACAACGUGCACCUGGUUUGGUUGGCUUGUUGGAGACCAUGCGUGUCCAGAUGGAGAUAUCUGAGGCAAUGGAUAUCAGAACAAGACAAGGGCUACUUAGUGCGCUGGUGGGAAAAGUGGGAAAAAGAAUGGAUGCCCUAUUGAUCCCUCUGGAAUUGUUAUGUUGUGUUUCGCGCACAGAAUUUUCUGACAAGAAGGCGUACAUAAGGUGGCAGAAAAGGCAGUUAAAUAUAUUGGAGGAGGGGCUUAUUAAUCAUCCUGUUGUUGGAUUUGGGGAAUCUGGGCGCAAGGCGAGUGAGUUGAGGAUUCUUUUGGCAAAGAUUGAGGAAUCUGAGUCUCUUCCAUCUUCCACGGGUGAACUCCAACGAACGGAAUGCUUGAGAUCCCUGAGAGAGAUUGCCAUUCCACUUGCUGAGAGGCCAGCUCGCGGUGAUUUAACUGGUGAAGUAUGCCACUGGGCAGAUGGUUAUCCCCUAAAUGUUAGACUAUAUGAAAAACUGCUUUUCAGCGUCUUCGACAUGUUAGAUGAGGGAAAGCUGACAGAGGAAGUGGAAGAAAUCCUUGAGCUCUUGAAGUCAACAUGGCGUGUUUUAGGAAUCACAGAGACCAUCCAUUACACCUGCUAUGCAUGGGUACUGUUUCGUCAGUAUGUCAUUACAAGUGAGCAAGGAAUCUUGCGACAUGCCAUGGAGCAGCUGAAGAAAAUACCAUUGAAGGAACAACGGGGCCCACAAGAGAGAUUGCACUUGAAUGGUUUGCAUUCCAAAGUUGAACAAGGGGGCUUUCGGGAUUUGUCUUUCUUACAAUCCUUUUUAUCACCGAUCCAGAGAUGGACUGAUAAGCAGCUAGGAGACUACCAUCUACACUUUUCUGAGAAAUCAGCAAUGAUGGAGAAUAUUGUAGCAGUUGCAAUGGUUGCUCGAAGACUUCUUUUGGAAGAACCCGAAGUAGCAAUGCAAUCUAUAUCCAUCACAGAUCGAGAUCAGAUAGAAUCCUAUAUAUCAUCGUCCAUUAAGAUUGCUUUUUCCAGGUUGCUGCAGACUGUUGACAAAUCAGACUCAAUACAUGGACAUCCUUUGGCAUUGCUUGCAGAAGAGUCCAAGAAAUUUAUGAAAAAAGAUUCUACCAUGUUUAUGCCAAUUUUCUCUCAGAGGCAUCCUCACGCAGCUAUUUUUUCAGCAUCACUAGUUCAUAAGCUGUAUGGGAACAAGUUGAAACCAUUUCUUGACGGUGCUGAACAUUUGACUGAGGAUGUUGUAUCUGUAUUUCCGGCAGCUGAUAGCCUUGAACAGUAUAUAGUGUCUGUUAUUAAGUCUUCAUGUGAAGAGGAGACUGCAGAGGUCUACUGCAGGAAACUAAUUCCAUAUGAGAUUGAAUCUAUAUCUGGAACAUUGGUGAUGCGCUGGGUCAAUUCACAGCUCGGAAGAAUUUUAGGUUGGGUUGAACGGACUAUUCAACAAGAGAGGUGGGACCCAAUAUCGCCUCAACAGCGGCAUGGGAGUUCAAUUGUCGAAGUUUAUCGAAUUGUGGAGGAGACAGUUGACCAAUUUUUCACUUAUAAAGUUCCAAUGCGGGCUGCAGAGCUGAAUAGCUUGUUUCGUGGCAUUGACAAUGCAUUUCAAGUGUAUGCAAAUCAUGUAAUUGACAAGCUGGCUAACAAGGAGGACUUAAUUCCUCCUGCGCCUAUCCUCACGCGAUACAAGAAAGAAGUUGGAAUAAAGGCUUUUGUAAAGAAGGAAUUCUUUGACCCUAGGCUGCCAGAUGAGAGAAGGGCGACCGAAAUAAAUGUCUUGACGACUCCAACCCUCUGUGUUCAGUUAAAUACUUUACAUUAUGCGAUUAGUCAGUUGAAUAAGCUGGAAGAUAGCAUUUGGGAGAGAUGGACAAAGAGAAAACCCCGCGAAAAUUUUAUCAAGAAAUCAAUAGAUGAGAAAUCCAAAAGUUUCACUCGAAAGGACGCAUUUGAUGGGAGUAGAAAAGAUAUAAAUGCUGCCAUUGACCAGAUUUGUGAAUUUACUGGAACUAAAAUUAUCUUUUGGGAUUUGAGGGACCAGUUCAUCGAUAAUUUAUAUAAACCCAAAGUUUCUCUAUCUAGGUUGGAAGCGCUGGUUGAACCACUUGAUGUGGAACUUAGUCGUCUUUGUGAUAUAAUUGUGGAGCCACUCAGAGAUCGCAUUGUGAAAAGUCUGCUUCAAGCAUCCCUUGAUGGCUUACUUCGUGUUCUAUUAGAUGGGGGCCCAGCACGAGUUUUCACCCUCAGCGAUGCAAAAAUAUUAGAAGAAGAUUUAGAAGUCUUGAAGGAAUUUUUCAUUUCUGGGGGGGAUGGUCUCCCUCGAGGAGUGGUAGAAAAUCAUGUGGCACCUGUUCGGCAUGUCAUAAAGUUGCACAGCUAUGAGACUCGAGAACUGAUUGACGACUUGAGAUCCGCAAGUGGCUCGGAGACGCAGGAUGUCAGAAGCAGACUAGGAACAGAUUCGAAGACUCUUUUGAGAAUAUUAUGUCACAGGGCUGAUCCAGAGGCCUCUCAAUUCAUCAAGAAACAAUACAAGAUACCUAAAUCGUCUGCGUAGGUGAUACUGGUUAUCACUCAGAGAUUGAUCAAUGGAAUGUCAAUGCAGCAUAAACGUGUACUUUCAGCCACUUGCUUAUGUGAAUAUAAUAACAUUCUUUUUGAUUCUGAGAGAAAAGCUUGGUACUUCUCUUCUUGUAUGUGUAAGAACUACUUUUGUAUUUCGUCUUGGUACUUUUAUAUGGAAGUUUGAACUCUUAA